AUGGCGAAAAGUGUUCGAGCCAGUGUUUCCAAGCGCAACAGAGCCAAUCUGCGCAAGAAGGUGUUUGGCCCGGUGGUCGAUGCCAGAACCGAGAGACUUGCAGCCAAACUACAGGAGCUUGCAUCACAGCCACGGCCUGAGGCCCCCGAGAAAUCAAAGAUGGACCUAGGCGAAGACGAGGCUGAUAAAAUAACCAAGCCUCAAAGCUGCGACGAAGAUAUGGAUAUCGAUACAAUCAAGAGCUCCAAGAAGAAGCCUGCGCGUGUGCAAAAGCGCAACCAAAAGCCACGCAACUCGAUUGUUUUCCAAAAGCGACCAUCCUCAACCAAGAAGAGUCACAAGAAAAAGUGA